UCAGUGCUGCUCUCAUGCCUCCGAUACCCAGGAACCCGCCGUCAUUAGCGGAAACCUUUGCAAUGGAAACGUUAUAAUCCAGCCUGCCUUUUUCUACUUUGUAACACUCUCGACUCAAUUCUCAACGAGGGGAAGAGAAGAAGAGAAACACGAGACGCACUCUCCAAUCUGUAAGUUUUCGCGUGUGUCGCACUGGAGGAGACGACUCGAUGGCAGCCCCGGUGAAAGCAGCUUUGACUCUUCUGGUUCUCACCGUGGCAACUGCCUUGUGUGCGGAGGUGGAGGAGCGUCUGGUGAGUCACCUGUUGUCAGCAGAUCGAUACAAUAAGCUGAUCAGACCAGCUGUCAACAACAGCCAGCAGGUCACCGUCUACAUCCAGGUGUCUCUGGCCCAGCUGAUCAACGUGAACGAGAGGGAGCAGAUCAUGACCACAAACUGUUGGCUCAGUCAGGUGUGGAAUGACUACAGAUUAAUGUGGGACCCUGAAGAGUACCAGGGAAUCAAGAAAAUCCGACUCCCAUCACAACACAUCUGGUUGCCGGACAUCGUCCUCUACAACAAUGCUGAUGGGACCUAUGAAGUCUCCUUCUACUCCAAUGCAGUGGUCUCCAACAACGGCGAAGUGGCCUGGCUCCCACCAGCUAUCUACAAGUCAGCCUGUAAAAUUGAAGUCCGUGAUUUCCCUUUUGACCAGCAGAACUGCACCCUCAAGUUUCGCUCCUGGACCUACGACCACACUGAGAUAGAUCUCAUCCUCCUCAGUGAUUUUGCCUCGCGUGACGACUUCAAACCCAGCGGUGAGUGGGAUAUUGUUUCACUGCCUGGACGCAAGAACGAAGACCCUAACGACAUCAGGUACCUGGACAUCACCUAUGACUUUAUAAUCAAAAGGAAGCCUCUCUUCUACACCAUCAACCUGAUCAUUCCCUGCAUCCUGAUCACUUCCCUGGCUAUCCUGGUGUUCUACCUCCCAUCAGACUGUGGUGAGAAGAUGACUCUCUGUAUCUCUGUCCUCCUGGCACUCACUGUGUUUUUACUCCUUAUCUCAAAAAUUGUGCCACCCACGUCUUUAGCAGUGCCUCUGAUUGGAAAGUACCUGAUGUUUUCAAUGGUACUGGUCACCUUCUCCAUUGUCACCAGUGUUUGCGUGCUCAAUGUGCACCAUCGGUCCCCCAGUACGCACACUAUGCCUCCGUGGGUGAAGCGUAUCUUCCUGUACCGGCUCCCCUCUUACCUAUUCAUGCGGAGACCCGGCAGCUCCAACAUCCGUGAGAAGUUCAGGAGAAAACACCAACAGAGAUCGUACUCUGACCAGAAGAUGUGUGGAGUUGAUGGAGGCCAUGCAGGAAUGGCAGAUUCCUCCUCGUCCUUUUUUGUGAACGAGGAGUCGGCCAAACGCUACGGCUGGAGAAUCAGCGACAUGUCAGAGAACACAGAGUUCAGGAAGAGGAUGACGCUCAAGAGCAACAUUGACGUGGAAGAUGCGGUAGACGGAGUACGCUACAUUGCUGAGAAGAUGAAGAGCGAGGAUGAUGAUGAAGGGAUCAUUGAAGACUGGAAGUACGUGGCCAUGGUGAUCGACCGCCUCUUCCUGUGGAUCUUUGUGUUCGUGUGUGUGGUCGGGACGCUGGGUCUCUUCAUGCAGCCUCUGUUCCAGAAUUACAACACUCCCCUUGUUGAUGAGGUGGACAAUAAAUGAAAGCUGAAACGUCAUUAUGAACUUGAUUUACCCCUCGCCCCUCUGAACAGAGCUCUGACAACAUUCUGAAACAUAAACAUGUCCGUCUUGCACCACAUGCUCACUGGAACCUUUUAAUGAUGCACUUUAGACCUCUUCCACCAGCUUCUCUUUUCCUUACUUCCACUCCGACAUCCUCCAUGUGUCAUCCUCUGCUCCACUCUAGGCAAAGGCAAACAGUACAUUUAUAACCAGUUACCAGAUUGAUUUACGUUAGACCACCUAAGUUUUAUUCAGAACAUGAUGUCAUAAAAAAAAACACAAUGGCCAAAACUAUAAAAACAAAACCCAGGUUAUAAUAGACUAGAUUUAUUGUUUCACUCAAAUAUGAAAUAAAAUAAUCUUUCAUCAUUAUGAAAAGGUGAACAGCAAUUCAGGACUGUUCGAUUUAAAACAGAUUUAGGUUUGCUAUGUCUCUCUGUUUAAAUCUCACAUAACAUGACAUUGUGGGGGCCUGAAUGCAUUAAAAAAGUACUGUGUUACUUUGGUCCGAUAGAUCCCUAAAGAGAGAGAUCCUAAAAGAUGAACAAAGACACAGAAACACAGAUUUUGGGUCUCAUGUCAAAACACUUCUUUGGAGAAACACAGACGAAGAUCACCUCCCUUGGAGCUUUUGCCAAUAGCACACAUACUAUACAUUUCUAACGUUUGCCUUUAAAACUCAGAUCGAGAUGGCACACUGUUGGACUUCUCAAACAAUAACAAUGGACGUGUGUGAAAGUGUUUUUACCCUCAGACAAACCUCACUGUGUGACUGAUCAAAAGUAAGCUACUGCUGUCAAGUUUAAAAGCAGCUUUGUUUUGAAUAAAGGACGUUAAAAUAACAAAAACAAGCAAGACUUAAAACCAAUGACCAUUAGGCUGUUGUUACUCACCAGGCUCCUUUUUAAGGUACAGUACUCCCGUUUCAUCAAAGCUGUGCUUGUCAGAAUCCAAAAUCAAGGAAACCAGCAGCAAUAACAGUGUACAGUAUUUUAUACGGCUUGUUUGCUUUGUCCUAUUGUAAGCCCUCGCAGUCUGCUCUCGGAGACAUUACUUGAAUAUGUGUUCAGUGAUUAUUUCCAAGAGGUAUUAUAUAACUCGUCACCGUCCUAAAGCACUCGUCUGUCACUGCUACCAAUGUUGGCCGAGGAAACGUGUACUGUACUGAUCCAGCUGUGUUGAUUUCUUUCAGCUUGGAUUUUUGAUGUGGUUGGAAUAAAACAUACUUAUUUCUUUUAUUUCCCAUAGGUUCAGUCAUGUUGUUGAGUUUUGUCUGUGCAGACAAUAAAUGUUUAUGAGAUUCACAGAAAGGGACUAUGAUGAC